ACGCAAACUGCAGCAUGAAAAGUAGUCGCACACGCUUGCUGUUGGAUUCCGGACAAGCGAAGAGUGGCGAUGGCGGUGGCGAUGGCGCAACGAGUGGAAUGCCGAGCGGACAAGGUGUUGAUGUUGUUGUGUUGGUGUUGGUGUUGAGAACCAAACACCAGCCAGCCAGCCACUCCUGAACAUCACCACCACCGCCGUUGUCGUCCUCGCUCGCUCACAUCCUUCCAUCCAACCAACCGACGACCUUCCACUACUCUCAACAGAAGCGCAGCCCGCAAACAACCCUCAACACAGAGGAAGAAUCCAAACACAUACCCACCCACAGCACCACAGCACCGAACCCAGAGCACCAAACCCAGAGCACCGGGCAGGAUGAUGCGCCGGAUCAGCCGGUCCAACAACAACAAUGCGUUGGCAGCAGCGACGCGUGGCACCGUGCGUGCCAGCUUUGAGGCGCGCUACCAUGGCAGCGUGCCGUGCUCGGAGCCAAAGGGCAACGCCGUGUGCAUGGACGCCGUGUCUCGCAUUCACGCCCUCAAGCUCAAGCCCCAGGCCGUUAACAUUGUCAUCACAGACAAGGGCAUCUACGUUGAUGACCGCAACACAAAAGAGCUCAUCAAGAAGGUUCCUCUGAACAACCUCUCAUGGGUGUGCACAGAUCCUCGCAACAAGCAUCUCUUCUCCUUCAUCUACCACGAGUCACGAACCAACAAGAUGGAUUGCUACACCUUCUCCCUCAAGAAGAACGGCAAAGUCUUUGUCAAGGCUUGCAACGCCGCCAUUGCCGACAUGGUUGCCGAAGGAUCACGAGCAGAGGCAGAGGCCAUGCUCAUCGCCGCAAGCACUCCCAUCAUGCCUGUCGUGUAUGAGGAGGCCGAUCCAACACGUGACCAGGGCGGCGAACUGUACACGGACGUUGCUGGCGAAGAGGAAGAGGAGCAGGGCCGCAUCUUCGCCGAUGCCGAUGCGUGGGUGGACGCGAGCUAUCUUGACUCUGCCAUCGGCUGCUUCAAGGCCGUUUAUCGCGGCGGCAUUCCUGUGAAAGACAUUGAAGGCUUCCGCGUUGUGCAGCAGGCUGCUGCUCGCGUGAAAGACUUUGGCAUGGACGCCAAGGAGGUGACACUCGUGGUCACGGAGGCGCAGGUGCUGAUGGUGGAGAGAGACACUGGCGACCACUUGCAAGAGUCCCCAAUCAAGCACGUCUCAUACAGCUUGUUGGAUCCGCGUGACAACACCCACUUCUACUACAUUGUCAACGACCCCAAGCUUGGCUUUGGCUACUGUCACGUCCUCCGUCUCAUCACAGGCUUUGAUGCCAUCGCAACAUGCUUCGCUGCUGCGCAUCGGUGCGUGGCCCGCGAGCGAGAGCGCGCCAUCCGCGAAGGAAAAGUCAUUACGCAACCGCGUGGCCGCAGACGCAAGGAAGUGCACAAACCGCCCAUUGGCGUGCAUGAGCUCAAGUACUUGGGCGCUGUUCGUGUCAAAGACGCCGUUGGCAACCAGGUUGCGUCACGCGCAAUGCUGGACCUGAAGACCAAAUUCCAGCACGUGCUCAAGCUUGGGGAAGAGGACGACUGGACCGCUGUUGGCGACCGCAUCGUGCUCGUCAUGACAACCGAGGGUGUCAGGGUUGUGGAACUGGCCACAGGCGAUGUGCUUCACUUCACGUACAUUCGCGACAUUGCCUUCAGCACACAUCUGCACAGCGGCUACGACAGAAAGCACAACCCUGAGCACGACAUCUUUGCGUACAUUGCGCGCGAUGAAAAGCUCUCUCGAACCGUCUGCCAUCUCUUUAAGUGCCCGCCCGGCGCUGCGCGGGAGAUUUGCAAGACAGCCGCGUUUGCAUUCAAGAUCUGCAUGGAGGAGAUGCAACGGGCAGAGGCAGACAACCCCUUCAAUGCAACGACAAAGAGCGAGUUGGACAUCUCGGAUCUGUUCCCGCCACACCUGCUCAUCUCGCGGCGUGACAUCAAAGCGAUCAAGGUGCUCGGUGCAGGUCAGUUUGGCACGGUGUGGCUCGCGUUGCAACGCAUCCGCAAGGGAACGAAAGUCAGCCAGAAACACCGCGCCGUCAAGCUUCUCAGGCCUGGUGCGUCGGAGCUGGACCAGGAAGACUUCCUUGCUGAGGCCAUCACCAUGAGCAAACUCGACCACCCAAACCUCGUGUCGUUGGUGGGCGUGUCUGUCAACCACAUGCCGUGGCUCGUCGUGCUCGAGUUUAUGCGUUACGGUGACGUCAAGAACGUCCUCGUGGCUGCCCGUGAGAAGGGCAUCAAGUUGACGUACGGAGAGCAGCUCAACCUCAUGCUGCAGCUCACGUCUGGUAUGACGUAUCUCGCAUCCAAGCGGCUUGUGCACAUGGAUCUUGCUGCGCGAAAUUGCCUGCUGCACACAACGAACAUCCUCAAGAUUGGCGAUUUCGGCCUGACCAAACCGUUUGACGAGGGCAAAGAGUACUACAAGCUGAAGCCAAACAUGACCGUGAAACUUCCCGCCAAAUGGAUGGCUGUGGAGUGCCUCAACCAGCUCAUCUUCUCAGAGGCCUCAGACGUCUGGGCGUGCGGUGUGACCAUGUGGGAGAUUGCCACAUAUGGCAUGCCCCCGUAUCAGCAGUUCAAGAACAAGGAGAUGCGUCGUAUUCUCAAGCAGGGCACGCGACUCGAACAGCCGAGCAACUUUGGGUGCCCCGAUGAGCUGUAUCAGGUUAUGCUCACGUGCUGGACGGCCGAGGCCAAAGACCGCUGCUCCUUCCGUGAUCUUCGUGGUCGUCUCCACAAACUCCUCCAGGCCGAGCAGGCGCGCACCAACAACCCCGAGUUCCGCGACAUUGGUCUGAUGGUCAACGAUGGCGUCGCAAAGGAGCUGCCAACUCAACGCGAGACAGUUGUGGAAAUGUACUCCUCAUUUACGCCGGGAACUGGUGGCGGCAACUACUUUGACGUGGACGGGGCAGAUGGCGAUGGCAGAGGAAAGGCCACGGGUGCUGACGGAUCGUACUUCCAAGUGGGUGGUGAUGAUGAUUCCAAGGGCUCCAGUGCCCAACGUGGCGGCGAUGGCGCCUACCUUCAGAUUGCAAACGAGGACGAUGAUGAAAGCUACAUGCAGAUUGAAGCAGCCAUGCGCAACGGCGAGAACUUUGGCGACGUUAGCCGCCGCAACCCGCUCUUUCAGGACGCAGAUUAUUUCGACGUCGAUUCCUCGGGCAUUCCUCUCGAUCAAGACGCAUACUUUGAUGUGCAGGGCGGCGAUGGCGCUGACGACGACGAGGAGGAAGAAGACUCGUAUCUUGCCGUGUGCCGUGACCUCGGCAAACUCGGCAACCCAGACGCAUGAUGAUGAUGAUGAUGAUGAUGAUGAUGCUGGUGAUGAUGAUGCUGGUGAUGAUGAUGCUGGUGAUGAUGGUGCUUCCUCGUUGGCUUUUGUUGCGCCUGCCUUCUUUCCCCCGUGUCGCUUGCUCCUUUUGCUGUGUUUGGUUUUGGAUUGUCAUGUGUAUGCAUGUGCUGGGCACGUGCAUGCUCGUGCGAACACGCCCACACGACAACACAUGUAACGCAUGUGUGUAUACGCUGUCGACUGUGCCUGGUGUGAUGAUCACACAUCAGCGCUUGUGCAACGCAAGCGCUUCCCUCGUUUCCCCGCGUUGAUGAUGUUAACCGCAAUACAAACAAGUGUUAAGAAGCAUUCGUUACACUGGCGCUUGGACUGAUG